AGAUGAUAUACUUGACAGUGAUGACGACGCAUCCUCAAUCUCUGGAGAUGAACUACCAGAUAAAAUGCCUGACAGACCCGAGGAAAAAUUCCUCUGUUUCUGCAGGAGUGCUUACUACAAACCGCCAUCAUGUCAGCCCCAUCUGCUAAUAGUAGGAAAAGCGGGAUAUGGCCAGGUUUCUUAUUUGGCACCCGCGGUGUUGCAUGCUUUGGAGAAGUUUCCCGUUCACACCCUGGACCUAUCCCUUCUGUUUACAAACAUUGCACCGCCAGAAGAAAUAUGCGGAGAGGAAUUUGGAGAAGUUUACGAGUAAGGAGGACAGAGCAAGAAUUUUUGAGGACCUAAUUCUAAAUCGAACUGCUAAGCCUCCGGUAAAGAAAGCAGUUCGCCGGACAUUGCAAGUCCUGCCUGUAGCGUCACCAGCUGAGCCUCAAGAGCCGACAGAGGAAGAAGUAGGACUGCUGGAGGAGGAAGUGGAGGAUACGUUGCGUGAACUUAGAAUUUUCUUAAGGGAGGUUACUCAGAGACUUGCCACUGACAGACGUUUCAUGGAAUUUACAAAGCCCGUUGACCCACAGAAGGUACCUGGUUAUGCAACAAUCAUUAAAGAGGCAAUGGAUCUUUCAACAGUCCUCAGUAAAAUUGACUCGCCCCAAUACCUAAGUGCAGGAGACUUUCUGAAGGAUAUUGAUCUAAUCUGUAACAAUGCCUUAGAAUACAACCCAGAUCAAAGACCUGCAGAAAACCUGACCGAAGAAAUUUGUGUCAUUCCAGAUUCUUAGACACUUCAACUGACUCCUACUGGACAUUCUCAGGUAGGACAGCAACAGAUGAGUGUUGAGAACACCGUGGAAGCUUCUACAGAGCCAGACAAUGUAGUUAUUGUGGAUCACUAUGAGCUCAAAGUAUGUCUAAUUCCAACUUUUUUUAAUACUCAAAUAGGACAUAUUCUUGUGAUCUGUACAACUGCAAAUUAAGUCAGUUGUUAAGCAAUGCCAGUUAAAACAAUUAAUUGGAAGGACAUAUAGAUUGUGAAGUAAUUCAACCUAUAAUGCACUGUGACUGUUUAGUUUCCACACCUCGUGUAGAUUUCUGUAGGCUACCGUUUGCUUUUGGUCAACUGUAGUUGAGGAGACAGUUUCUUUGCUUAAUUUUUAAGGUAAAAGGCCUUGUUGCAUUUUAAAAUACCGCACUGAUGACCUGCUAGUACUAUUGGUUAUAAUUGUUGUUUUAACAAUUUUUAUGAUGGGUUUGAGGGCUUUUAUUUGGGGAUGUUUAUUAUGUAUUUAUUUUUUUUUUUGCAUGCUUUGAUGUAUUAGGAACCUGAAAAAGGAUCUUUAUUUCUUGCAGUGAUGAUUUUAAACCUGAAGAUAGCAGGUUGACAUAAACUAGCUAGCCAUGGAUAAGCGACUACUUUUCUGAAAUUCCUUCAAAAUGCAGUAUUAGGAUUUCCCAUCCAUACUGUUGCAGUGUAAUAAGGGUUUGCCAAUCCCUCACGGGAGGAAAGUGGUUAUCCUAGGCUCCAGUGGGGGAAAUGGAUAAGAGUGGCCCUAGGUACGUGAGGAAAAAGGUUCCUUUGCAUGAGUUGGAGAGGGCAUGAGUAAGGACCAUCUUGAGGGGAGAGCAGAAUGAGGGAAAUUAGAAAUUAGAAUGAGGAAAUUAGAAUUUAGGAAAAUUGCUAGGAGUCAUGGAGGUUGGCCCAAAACAGAUUAGGACUGCUGUUUAUGUGCUGCAUGAAUCCUGUGUGGGAAGAAUAUGACCAGAUAAGAAUCCUCUUUUGUAAAGGGGCUUGUCAACACUAUUUUUGUCACAAGUAUAUAACAAGAGUUUGAGACUUCUCUCUAGUCACACUCUAAUCUCUUUUUAACUAAUAUGCUUGACCAUCUGUAAUUUGGGAGAUUUCUGCCUGUGCCAGUUUUACACUAAUGAGUCAAAUUCUCUGGUCUCGUCCUGUAAAAGAUGCUUUCCGAGUUGUCAGAACUCAGCAGAAAUCUGCAUGAGGCAUCCAUGGUCCAAGUCAGGUGUUCCCAGUAUACGUUGGAUAUUCAGUCUUCUGAUUCCAGAUCCUUGAACCCAUUUGUCUUGGGGUUGCUUGUGCUUGAGAACAGAUAAAAGUUGUUAUACCUAUCAGUCUGCCCUAAAAAGAGAGUGCCUCUUUUUUUAGGCACUGGUCAUCUCGAUCUCUUCUUCCACAGCUGAGAAGGAGUUAGAACGGACACUCUGUUCCGCCUGUGAAAGAGAGAGGAUUCUUUGGAUUCAGGGAGGCCGCUCCUGAAAAAAUGAGAUCUUUUAGCUUGAGCAGGGCUUUACUUGUGUUAUC